GUGGAAGGCCGGCCCUUUAGUUCGUGUGCAGCAGGCUCCUCGGUUCAGAGAGGGACAAGCCUCCCCUGGGCGGCAACAAAGCCUGGCACAUCCAGCUGAGGAUUCUUCUUCUGGAGACUAUUACCAUGUCUUUGUACGAAGACAUGUUGCUUUGCAAUUAUCGAAAAUGUCGUCUCAAGCUCUCUGGCUAUGCUUGGGUUACUGCCUGCUCUCACAUCUUCUGUGACGAGCAUGGCAGCGGUGAGUUCAGUCGUUCACCAGCUCUCUGCCCUGCCUGCAACAGCACCCUUUCUGGAAAGCUAGACAUUGUCCGCACAGAACUCAGUCCGUCAGAGGAGUAUAAAGCGAUGGUGCUGGCGGGACUUCGACCAGAGGUUGUGCUGGACAUCAGCUCCCGAGCAUUGGCCUUCUGGACAUACCAGGUGCACCAGGAACGUCUCUAUCAAGAGUAUAAUUUCAGCAAGGCUGAGGGCCAUCUGAAGCAGAUGGAAAAGAUAUAUACUCAGCAAAUACAGAGCAAGGAUGUAGAAUUGACCUCUAUGAAAGGAGAGGUCACCUCCAUGAAGAAAGUUCUAGAAGAAUACAAGAAAAAGUUUAGUGAUAUCUCUGAAAAACUUAUGGAGCGCAAUCGCCAGUAUCAAAAGCUCCAAGGCCUUUAUGAUAGCCUUAGGCUACGAAAUAUCACUAUUGCUAGCCAAGAGGGUUCCCAGGAACAAGCUACAAUCACACAGUCUGGUGUCUUUGGCUUUCCAUUAGUGAACAGCUCAAAGUUUCCUUUGGACCGCACACCAGCUGGAAGCCGAGGUGGUGGAGAUGAAGAUGUUCAGUUCAGACCAUUUUUUGUGGAUUCUCCCGCAGCCCCGGAACCCACUAACAGCUUCUUUAGUUUUGCUUCUCAGAGCCAGGAAGCAGAGCAGCAGGUCUGCAGCAGGGCCUUUAAAGCCAAGAGAGUCUAGUCUAGCUCGGGUCACGUUCCAGUCGUCCCUGUUUGCGUACUGAAGUGAUGGCAUUCCCGAGUUCACCUUAGGGGAACUGGCUUGCUGUGGGUGUGUGCCUCCCAGUUUGGUUUCAUCCAUUUAUUCCGUGAACCUCAUCUCUAGUUCAUCACUGCUCACAGGCGCAACCCUGACUGUCAUAAAUCCCUAUCAGACCAAGCUUGUUUACGCUUCUGUGAGUGCCAGUGUUGUACUUACAGGGUGCUUUGGAUUCUAGUAUGCAUAUGUUAAGUGUGUGCAUUGAUUUUCUCUACUUACCAGUAUACUUAUGUAAAAAUGAUGGUCUUGGAAAGUGGUGUCUUGCUAUUUGCUUGUAUUAUACACAGUCAUGUGUUUUCAUUGUAUUAGCUUGUUUUGGAGGUGUGUUUAUGCCAGUGAAUGAACGUGCAACUUGAUACAUAUGUAUUCAGUUUCUAUUUAAAAAGAAUUUACCUUGAUAAAAGUUAUUUGCUGAUUUAAUUGGUAUUUGUUUUAAAAUAAAGCUGGUUCUUAGCCUUUUUAA